AUGCUCUUCUCGCUCCGGGAGCUGGUGCAGUGGCUAGGCUUCGCCACCUUCGAGAUCUUCGUGCACCUGCUGGCCCUGUUGGUGUUCUCUGUGCUGCUGGCACUGCGUGUGGAUGGCCUGGUCCCGGGCCUCUCCUGGUGGAACGUGUUUGUGCCUUUCUUCGCCGCUGACGGGCUCAGCACCUACUUCACCACCAUCGUGUCCGUGCGCCUCUUCCAGGAUGGAGAGAAGCGGCUGGCGGUGCUCCGCCUUUUCUGGGUACUCACGGUCCUGAGUCUCAAGUUCGUCUUCGAGAUGCUGUUGUGCCAGAAGCUGGCGGAGCAGACUCGGGAGCUCUGGUUCGGCCUCAUUACGUCCCCGCUCUUCAUUCUCCUACAGCUGCUCAUGAUCCGCGCCUGUCGGGUCAACUAGCCUCACCGAGGUGCCGGAGAGGGAGCGCUGGACGGCUAGAAUGUUGACCUCGCGCCGAGGGCCUACUUGCGCCGCACCGGAGGAGAGGCUCUCUAGUCUGAAGGCACCGCCUGCUUGCGCCGAGCUGAGUGCCCGGUUUCCCUAUUCCAAUCCUGUUUGAAAUGGUUUCUUCAGCAGGGCUUAAAAGAGCAGCCUUCAUCCUGAAAAUGUAUUUCCUUUUGUUUAAUGCUUUGAAUAGAUAAUCCUGAAUUGAGGUCAUGAGGAGGCCCCCAGGCCAGACAGUCCUGAACCCCUCUGACACUUGGAAACUGAAUAUAAGUAAAAUGUCCAGGUGGACUCUGCGUAUUUCCUGUGGAUCCUGGGAAAGUGCUGUUGCACAAAGGCUGCAAAGCUGGACGCAGGAGUGUCCUCCAACCAGCAGCGCUGACCUAAGAGCUGCCUGUGCCGUCUAUCCAGACGAGGCUUCGGUAGAUGCCUUUGUUAGAUCUGUCAAAUGUAAACGAGCUUGUAUCUCCUUCCCUGUGCCACGAGAGAGAUUGGCUUUUUAUUCCAGUCUAGGCAGAGACAGAAGAAUGUUGAAUAAGAGCACGAUUAGGAUCCUGUCUGGUUAUUUGUUGCCCGAGAAAAGAACUCUGCUGUCCAGGCACUGCUUGGCUUCCUAUCCCAGCAAAGACUGCAGUUUUGUGGACUUCUGACCACCUUGUGGCUGGCACUCUUAGCACACCUGAGACAGAUUUAAGCCUCCCUAAGAGACUGAAGAGAGGAACAGGUGUCGGAUACUCAUAGGCACUGAGACCUACAAAUGGGAAGCUUGUGAGUGGCCCAGCUUUGUUGGCCUACGAACUUUGGUUUGAUGCCAGUCAGGUGCCAAAUGAGAACCUUUGCUGAGAUGCAAAUAAAAGACCCAGGUGACCUUGGUGUGGGAAACAGCAGUGUCUACUGAGCAGGCUGCUGACUGCAGGGCAGGUGAUGGAAAGAAGGUGAUGUCCGUGCACUCCAAUUCCCCUUCUCCCCAUGGCUCCAAGCGAUCUUCCUAUUGUCUGCAGGCUUCAAAGACGGGGAAGCACUCCGAAGCCCUCCCUGGGGCAGAAGGGCCUUGUCAGCUGGGAGGCUGUGCCCUCAGGGUCAUGGUAUCUGGAGCCUUGAUGGGCGGACGUUCAACCGAUGGGAGAGGAGUAGCCUUAACGUGGCGGCAGAGUGGAGUGAUCAGACACAGGGUCGGCCCUAUGGGGCCUACCGUUACCCUGGCUUUUUUUUUUUGGCUCUUAAGGCAUUGGAGAGCUGUCCAAGCAUGCAGGGCCCUGCCCUGGUGAGCCUGCUUGCGUGUGGCGGGAGAGGCUGCUUCCUUUGUGCCUGCUCCUGCAGAUGCUUUUUGGGGACCACGGAUGGCAAGGUUGGGCUAAGAGGCUCCCACCUGGGCAGCCUAUAAAAACUAGGGAUUUCUGAGGAACUGGUUCG